AUGGGCAGCGGCGAACGCAGCAAGCGGCAUGCGUGCGCUGCCAAGCUAGACACACUGGAGCUGGGGGAGGGAGAGUGCCAUGAUGUGGCCGACCAGUGGACCAUCCCCGCAGGCGUUGCAGACAACGAGAUCCACUGCCACCACCGAAGCAGCGGUUGCGGCGUCAGCAGCGAGCACAAGUUGGGUGCCGUGGCAGUGAGCAUCAGCGACAGGCGUGGCAGCAGGGCGCGGCCGGCAGGGCUCUGCGCCUUGCUGCUCGUGUGCGUGCUGCUGGGCGUAGGCCUGGCGCUCCCCCUGGCCCGCAUUGUGCACUGCGCUGCCGGCUACAGGGCUGCAGUAGGUGCAGCUACCCUGGAGAUGCAUAGCGCGCUCAGUGGGCAGCAGCAGCAUAAGUACUUGGCAGGAUACGGGCUGCCGCACCCCUCGGCAGAUGCAGAUGUCUUCCUGUUUGUGGGCAUCACCUCCAAUGGCGGCUCCAAGGAGCGGCGGGACGCCAUCAGGGAGGCCUGGGCCGAUGAAGCUCAGGCCAGCGGCCAGGUGGUCUGCAAGUUCAUUGUGCCGGAAGACGAGCAGAACGCGGCCAUGCUGGAGGAGCAGGCCCUGCAUCAUGACAUUGUGUUUGCACCGUCGGCGGGGCCCAGCAGCACCAGCAGCAGCACCAGCAGCACCGUCCUGCGCCCGUCCACCUUCCAGCUCACCGGCUGGCUGCGGACUCUGGAGUAUGCGGUGCUGCACGACCCAGGCGCCAGAUUUGUUCUGAGGACGAGCGACGACGCCUUUGUCAACAUGCCGCCCCUGCUGCGCACGCUGCAUGCGCUGUGCCCCACCCCGGCCUGCGCCAACCAGAGCGUGCUGCUGGGCCAGCUCGGCUCCUGGAAGCACGGCAGCGCUGGAGGGACGGAGGCGCAGCUUCCGCAGCAUCUGCGCCAGAUCAACUGCAGCAGCCCCUGGCUAUCUGACGCCCAGCUGCCCUGCGGGGAAGGGGCACGUGCUGCGGCUGUGUCAUCAGCAGGAGGAGCAGCAUUGUCUUCGGCACAGCCACAGCUGCGGCUGCUGCCUGCCAUCGAGCGGCAUCUGUGUGCCGGCGAGUCCUUGCUGCUCCUGGACAAGCUGGCCAGCGCCGCCUGCAUGCGGCUGGUGGGGCAGCGAGCACAGUUCUGCCAUGCCAACAACAACAAAGUGCCCUUCGUUUAA